AUGCCGAACUGGACGGAUCUCCCACUAGAGCUUCUAAAUGAAAUUAGCGACAAGCUGCCCUGCUGUGUGGACAAAGUUCGAUUUCGAUCAGUUUGUUGUGUAUGGCGUGCCGCUGUUCCUCAGAUCCGAUUUCCUCCUGUAUUGAUGUUGCCAUACAAUCCAUACACCAAGAGUAUAUCCUUCUAUAGCCUCUAUGAGAAUCAAGUCGUCACUUUCCCUCUACCUGAGGCAAGGGAGAAAGUUCUUUGUGGGGCUUCUAAAGGCUGGUUAGUUUUGAUGGAUGAGAGUGGUGCCAUCUCGCUUCUCAACCCAAUCACAAGAGCACAAGUCCAAUUGCCACCAGUUACUGAGCAGAUUGCACUAGCCUCGGGCUUCAAGGUCUCAAAGAGAGCUGAAGGAAAUAGCAGCAAUUCUAGUAUGCAAAACAAGACUGUUUAUUAA